GUGAAUAAUAACUUGGGUACAAAUCUCUGCUAGUUGGCCACAAAACACAGAAGAAGACAAUGCAUGCUUGUCAGCCUGCCUUGGAAAACGCUCUUUUAAACCAAUCUAAAAGUUGAAGACCUUGCAGAAGAUGAAACAGACAACAUUGGAAGGCAAAAAUGGAGAUCACAAAGAAGAAAAUGAAGCUUUGGCCAAAUGGGAUUGUGGAAGCCCCUUAUAUGACUCCUAUGAAUUGGUUUCACUUAACCAUCUUAUCGAACGGCAUCUAAUGGCAAUUCCGUCCCUUGGUGGAUCAAGGCGGUUCAUCUCCCAAUUCUCUCAUCCAUCAUGCGGUGUGAUCAUCAACCCCUCAACAACUGUGGAUUUGGGAUCCACAAAGGUGGCAAAAUGGUCUUCCAUGGUGGCUUGUUUGAGUGAAUUUGUGGGGAGGAAAGUGUGGAAGAAAAGGUUGUUUGGUGAACGGAAGGACAAGGUCAAGAAGUUGAAACUUAUUAGGCCUCUUGGCUCUUGUAGUAGCAUUGGUUUUGGGAGGAAAUAGGAAUUAAUACAGGUAAUUCCGAUUACCAUGUAGAAAUUGUUAUUUAUGUAUGAGAUUGUACACAUUUUAUUUCCUUUAUAUAUAUGAUCUUUAGCCUGUAUCGAUUUCCAUUUAUAAACCAAAUACUGUCUUAAAUGCUCCUUUU